AUGAGGCCGACCGUCAACAACGAUACAUAUGUUGCUGGUAUGUGGAGAAAGCACCUCGAAAGUGCAUUGCUUUGGCGAGUAAAAAAUCACGAGAAGAUUGAUGGCUCGCGUUCAUGUCGACCUACACCCUACCGAGCUCCAACCUGGUCAUGGGCCUCAGUCGACGGCGUUGUGAUCACGGAAGCUGUGAGAGUUAAAAGCGAAUGGGCGAUCGAGGUUGUCGACCACCACCUUGGAAACGCGACAAAGGAUACCACGGGUCUUGUUACCGGUGGCUGGCUUGACUUGCAAGGUGCACUGAAACCAUUAGGUCUUACACACGAAACACAAGAUCGGUGGCGCAUGUUAGUAAACAAGCGCAUGUUGGUAAACAACGUGCUUGUUCGCCCGCAAGACGAUAGUCUCCCAGACUGGAAGCGUAUAGGUCCUCUUGUUCACCUCGACGUACCCGCCACAGAUGACGCUUUUGUACACGACAUAACCCAGCAGCGUCUCUUCUUUAUGGUCGCUCGGAUACUAGAGAGCGACAAUGAGUACAUCCCGAUUUUGUUGCUACGUCUCUGCGAUACUGACCGGAGGUUGUUCGAGCGCAUUGGUAUCGCAACUGGUGGUCCGAAAGGCGGAACAGAGAUGCUACUAGCGGAGCUUGACGAAGAGACAAGAGCUUCUCUGCUAGGUCCACACCAGAACUCAAUCUAG